UUGGGUACUUGUCCUGUCUUUUGCUCCCUGGGGGCUCUGUGUUCCUCCCAUGGCGUACCCUGUUUGCAGUAAUUUUCCACCACAUCACCUCCUCUGUAAACCAGAGAUCUGUCAUGACAUGUUUCUUGUUGCUAAAGGCUGUGAAGCACACAGAAGUCCUUGCACCGGUCCAUGGGAAAAGAGUCAUGGAGGUCUGCAUAUUCUUCCUUUAUGCUAUGAUAUUUCUUCCAGGUAUUGCUGCCAGUGUGCAUCAGGUGAAGUCAUUUCUCAACCACACUGCUUACCUAUCCUGCUAUUUUCCAAACUCUCAGAAAACUGACAUUAAUGAUUUAAGAGUUUUUUGGCAAAAAGGAGGUGUUGAAGUGGUGCAUGAGGUAUACUAUGGCCAAGAAAAACAUGAUAACCUUAGUCCUAAGUAUAUACAUCGCACCAAGAUGGAUAUGGACAAAUGGACCUUGGAAUUGCUAAAUGCAGGAAUUGUGGAUGAGGGACAAUAUACCUGUAUUAUACAGCACAGAGAUAAAGGAUCGCCAAAGGUCAUACACACAUCUGAGUGCUUACUGCACAUCAUCGCCAACUAUAGUCAACCUGAAAUAGCACAGCUGCACACUGGGGAACUAAAGCCCAAUGAAUACUUGAAUCUUUCCUGUUCUUCCAGUGGAGGUUAUCCAAAACCCAAGCAGAUGACUUGGCUAAUUUCACAUGAAAACAGAACACGCAGCCUUACGAGUCACAUGGACAUCUCACAGGAUACUGCAACAAAGCUGUACAAUGUUACUAGCAAUCUGAACAUCCCAAUUCCUACAAACACCAUCACUAAUAUUAGCUGCUUGCUUCACCUUGGAGAGCAACAGGGGAGCCUUGUCUCAGUGCCACUAGGCAUAGAGAUAAAGGAGGAAGAAAUGAAGCAAGUGAAGAUACACUUCUUUGGCCCACUCAUAGCUGUGUUUGUACUGCUCACAUUUCUUCUGAGUUUUGUGAUACUGAAGAAGAACAGAAAUAUCUCAUCUACCAACCAGAGUGUCAGUCUAGCAGCCUAGAAGCUAUUCACCUUGAAACCAAGGCCAUCAGCCAGACUACUGACUGGGAACCACCUCGGAACAUAGCAAAGUCUGAGGUCCUAUAUUCUCAGAUAAUCUGCCAGAACUCCCCAGAUAUCCUGCAGAACGACAUACAACACUUUCGUCUGAUGGCUGAAAUCCACUGUCUGGUGUUCUCAGCUUUUCUUCUUGCCCCAGAAUGGUAGUAAAUAUGAUGCUCUGCCUGUCUGUGUGACUAUUUUUUUGCUGUACCUUUAAUUAUACACUAUGACAUUGUAAAAUCCUGAGAGUCAAUGAAGAAAGCAGAGCUACGUGGAUUACAGAAGAGGAUGUCUCAGAAACAGAAAGAGUUAGGUCACAAUAUGUGAAUCAUAUCCAUCACUAGAAACAUGAUCAGAGACGGGCCAUUAAUUGUGAGCCAUAAAUGCCUUUGGAAGAACCAGUGUGGCUUUGUACCAGUAACUUUCUUAUAUAGCUCCACAGCAGAAAGAGGAACUUCAGGGCACUUUCCCCACCUUCUGAUAAAAUUCCUCUCAGGCAUUUGAAACUGGAAAUCCCCUGAAGGAAAGACUUGCUUUAAACAUAAUUUCUGGUAAUCUUACUUUUUUUAGUACCAUUCAAGCUUAAUAUGUGUAGACAGUGCCUCCAUGCUUUGUUCUUCUGUAUUCUGACCAGAUGCUGCACUGAUUUUAAUUCAGGUGGGUGCAGGGACAGAAAAUGAAAGCAUGAGGUAUCACUGAUGUACAUAUAAACACACAAAAUUAAGCUAAACAGAUAACAAACAAAUGUUAUAUAAGUUGUCCUCCAAUUUGGUUGAUUAUUUUCUCUCUUAAUUUUUCUUCAAACCUUGAAGACAGAGCAAUCUGUAAGCUCUGGUAGGAAUAGGAAACUAUAGGAAUCAGUUUUAUCUUUCAAAGAAGAUGUGCCAGUUCUCCAAUCUUGAACAAUUUCUGCACUUUAUACUCUUCAACAUCACUGACAUCUUUCAGGAAGAAGAAUGCAGAACUGAGAUAAAAUUCUUCUGAAAUCUUGAUUGUGUUUGUAAGUCUGACAUUGUCAGAAAGCACUGGGAUAUUAGCAUCACAUUCUCAAAAAAAAAUGUCACCUCCAAGUUGCCGUCUGGGGACAAAUUCUCUACGGUUUCUGCUGGGUACAAAUAUUCUUUUCUGUUAAGUGAUGUUGUGAGUUGCUAAAUUCCACCUCAAUUUCUAUUCCAUUUUCAAGUGUGUGAGAGAAUACGCAUAUCCUCUUGAAUUAGUU